AUGAGUACAGGUAUCCAUUACAAACGCCUGGACUCGUCAAGGCGUGAGAUCCGCCUGAUUGAGAUACAGUCAGCGCGCGAUAUCAGUGCCCCUAUCGAGUGCCGCUUGGUCAACGUCCGCUUGAACGACGAUUUGGAUUUUAUUGCCCUUUCUUCACUCUUUGGAGACUCUUCCGAAACCGACAAGAUUCUCGUCAAUGGCCAGACCAUCACAAUUACCGCCCAUCUGUCCCUGGCCUUGAAGAACAUCCGCGCGGUAUUCUUCCCAACCAUCUCCCAGCGUUUCCAGCGAACGCCUAUUCGGAGACCCCACACCGGCCCGCGCUGGCUGAGGCAGCUUCUCGGACUGCCCACAUCUCGUCCUGUGAACGAGACCAACGUCUUGCGGGUCUGGUGUGAUUUCCUCUGCAUCAAUCCGUGCGACGAGUGGGAGAAGCAGAGGCAGACUACCGACAUGAGGAACGUCUUCAGAUCAGCCGAACUCGUUGUCGGCUGGCUAGGCGACAAGAUGGAGCACACAGACGAAGGCAUGAACAUCUUGGCCGAGAUCGAAGAUACCAUGCCGCCUCACUGGGGAGACCCGGGUGAUCGGGAGAAAAGCCCCCAACACUACUCACCGACACACGAAUGGGCGACAAAGAUCGAGUACCUCUGGAAAGAAGGCCCAAACGGAGAAAUCCCAUUCAUGGCGCCACGCUGGAUAGGUGCCACAGACUUCAUGAUGCGGCCCUAUUUCCAGCGUCGCUGGAUUGUUGAGGAGCUUGCCUUGGCCCGAUUUCCGACCUUCUUGAUCGGUGACAUCAUCGUGCCAUGGAAGCAGGUACUUCGACUGAACCGGAUGUUGGAAGAUUUCAAGUAUAAAGAAUCCAACACAUUCCCUGCGCAUCUCCGCCCACUCGUUGCCGACCUUCCCCUGGAGUCCGCAGCCAGGUUACUCGACGAGUUUGCCAGGAGAGAGGCAUUGGAAGAGGCUAAGAUCCUCCAGGAACACGCCACCAGCAGCAGAGCGACGUCUUCGAGCAGAUCAACUCACUAA